UGACGAAGGCGGAAUCAUGUACGCUGAUCGUGGCUUCCGUUUAUUCUUCAAGAACGGAGAGGCGAUCGACUUCUAUGCCGAUACCGAGGAAGAAAAAGAGGGUGCGAUGAAGUCCCUUGCUGAAGUCAUUGGUCAUGAGGAGAAGGGGUGGGUGAUGAAGGUGUUGGAGAAGCACGGCAAGUUGCCAGGUGUGAAGCCUGCGACAAGUGCCUGAUUCCUAGCAAUAUUGUUCCGGGGUGUUCUUGCAUUGUUACCAUUAUAUCUUUACUCGUGUGUAUGCUUAGAUGGAGCUUUUCGAGGUGA